GGCUGCGAGACAAGUUCGGACCUGUCCUUGCUGGAGUACCUGCGCGUGCGCUGCGAGCUGCGCGGCACCAAGUACAUGUGCCGAGAGGGCGGCUGCGGCGCAUGCGUCGUCGCUGCCGCCAGACCUGGAGAAAAACUAGGCGCUGUUAACUCCUGUCUAGUGUCGGUGACAUCAUGUCAUGGUUGGGAGAUUACAACGAUAGAGGGAGUUGGUAACCGGCUACAAGGCUACCACCCGCUGCAGAAGACCCUCGCCAAGCUCAACGGCACCCAGUGCGGGUACUGCUCGCCUGGGUGGAUCAUGGCUAUGUACAGCCUCUUGCAAAGUAAUAAGGACUUUACCAUGUUGGAGAUAGAAAAGUCAUUCGGAAGUAACAUCUGCCGCUGCACCGGUUAUCGGCCCAUCUUGGAAGCCUUCAAAAAGUUUGCCAGCGACGCUCUAAGGCCGGACGAUAUAUUGGACAUAGAAGAUCUCCAUAUUUGCAAGAAAAAUAUACACACAUGCCGAAAAACUUGCAAAGAAAGCGACUGGUGUUUAGUAGAGGCACCUGAUCCUAAUGAACCUCAAAAUAUAGAAGUGGAGUUAAAAGAUGGAAAGUCUUUUCACAAGGUAUAUACAGUUAACGAUAUCUUUGAAGUGCUAAAGCAUAAAGGAGAUGAUGACUACAUGUUAGUAGCAGGAAAUACAGCUAAAGGAGUCAUUCCUAUUGAAAAAUAUCCCCGAGUCAUUAUUGAUAUAAGCAACAUUGAUGAAUUAAAAGGGUAUCAUCUCGACCAGAAUUUAAUUUUAGGUGCAGGUUCAACUCUGAAUGAAACUAUUAAUAUAUUCAAGAGCGUAGCCUCUACGGAAGAUGAUUUCUGGUACCUUCAAAAGUUCCAAGAACAUUUGCAAUUGGUAGCUCAUAUUCCUGUCAGAAAUGUUAUGCCUCGUGCUCAAUCUGCACACGCCAUCGUCAACGCUGGCUUCUUGUACAAACUAGAUUCCUCCAACACAGUAAAAGAGGCUAAAAUUGUGUACGGCGGCCUAAACCCAAGCUUCGUGCACGCUUCUAAGACAGAGGAGUUCUUAAAAGGCAAGAACCUGUUUACAAAUAAAACUUUACAAGAAGCCAUCGAGAUUUUGAUGAGCGAGGUAGUUGUGGAAGAAAAUCCUCCGCAAGCUUCAGCUAACUACAGAAAAAAUCUCGCUGUUAAUUUAUUUUACAAAGGUCUUCUCUCUCUUUGUCCCGAAAACGAGAUGGACACAUAUUUUGCAUCAGGGGGGAGAGUCCUAAGCCGAAUGCGUCCUGUCUCUCGUGCGAAACAAGAAUUCACCACUAACACCCUUAUGUAUCCGAUUAGCCAGUCAGUUGAAAAAGUUGAAGCGCUGAUUCAAUGCGCAGGACAGGCUCCAUACUCCGAGGAUUUGCCGAGCAUGCCGUGCGAGGUGUUCGGCGGUUUCGUGCUCGCAACCGUUCCGCUCGGCGACAUUGACAACAUCGACCCCAGCGAGGCCCUCAAACAUUCUGGCGUUAUCGCUUUUUACUCUGCGAAAGAUAUUCCGGGAGUAAACUCUUUUACUCCUGGCCUCAGCAAUCUUAUCUAUCAAGAAAAAGAAGAAGUAUUCUGUUCUGGUUCCGUCAAAUAUCAUGGUCAAGUUAUUGGAUUAGUUGCGGCUGAGACUAGAGCCAUUGCAGAAUACGCUACCAAAUUGGUGAAUGUUAAAUAUAGUAAUGUGAAAAAACCUGUCAUUGAUGUAAGAGAAGCUAUAAAGAGUCCUGAUAGAAAUAAAAUGGUUUAUGAGCAGGGCGGAGCUAAUAGGGUUACAGACCUCUUCAAAGUUAUAAAGGGAACGCAGACGAUUUUUGCGCAGCAGCACUUUUGUAUGGAGACACUGGUGAGUGUCGUGAAGCCAACGGAGGAAGGUCUGGAGGUGCACUGUACUACACAGCACAUGGAUCUAGUGCAGACGAUGAUUUCCCGAGCUCUUCUAAUACCGGAAAAUAAGAUAGACGUAAUCGUCCGACGCCUGGGAGGAGCGUACGGCCUGAAGAUCUCCCGCGGCUCGCAGGUGGCGGUGGCGAGCGCGCUGGUGGCGCACAAGCUGAACCGGCCCUGCCGCAUCAUACUGCCGUUCACAACCCUCGCGAAGGCCGUGGGCAAGCGGCUGCCUUGCCACACUGAAUAUGAGAUCACAGUCGAUCCGUACGGAAAAAUUCAACUCUGUAAAGAAUACAUGCACAUGGACAAUGGAUAUGUGAUCGACGAGCCCCUAUUCGCCCCCGUGCUGGAUGUGUACAACAACUGCUACGACAAGCUACGCUGGAUGUUCAGGGUGUUCAGUGUUACCACUGAUACAGCUAGUAACACUUGGUGCCGAUCACCAGGAACACUUGAAGCUAUUGCUGCUUGUGAAUUCAUCUUAGAACGUGUAGCUUACGAGAUGUCACUAGACCCGCUAGCAGUAAGACUAGCGAAUCUAGAUCCCAUUUCCAUCGAGCUCGUGGAGAUGGUGGAGAAAGUGAAACGUGACGCCGACUACGCGGACAGACGGACCGCUGUCGACAAGUUUAAUUCAGAGAACAGAUGGAAGAAGAAGGGUUUAAGAUGGUCUCUCCUUCGCUGGCAGCCCGUCGGUAGCCAGUACUUUGACGUGACCAUGUCAGUUUAUAACGAUGAUGGCUCUGUCUCUAUAACCCACGGCGGAGUAGAGAUGGGACAAGGUCUUAACACCAAAGCCGUUCAAAUAGCUGCUUAUUUUCUAGGUGUUCCCAUGGAGAAGAUUCAAAUCAAAGCGAAUCAUACACAUAUAACUCCAAAUAGUCUUGUGUCUGGGGGAAGUUUGACUUCGAUCAACGUUGGCAUAGGAGUUCAGAGAUGCUGUGAGCAGAUUUUAGCACGACUAGCUCCUCUUAAAGUUGGCCUUCUGAACCCCACUUGGGAGUUCUUAGUGAAGAUGGCAUAUAAUGCUAGUAUAGAUCUUCAAGCUCACGCUUUUGUGUCAAUGCUAGAUACGCAGAAGUAUGUAGUGCAUGGAGUGACGUUAGCUGAAGUGGAAGUGGACAUUCUGACAGGAGAGUGGGAGCUGUUGAGGGUUGACCUCCUGGAGGACGCGGGAAUGAGCAUUAGCCCGGGAUUAGAUGUCGGACAAGUGGAAGGCGCUUUCAUCAUGGGCCUGGGGUACUGGACGACAGAGCACAUGGUGUACGACUCCGACACAGGCGAGGUGCUCACGAACCGCCCCUGGAACUACCACGUGCCGCAGGCCAGGGACAUCCCGCAGGACUUCCGGGUGUAUUUCAAGGACAAAUCUUAUUCGGAAGUUAGGACACUCGGUGCUAAGUCGAUCGGCGAGCCCCCAAUCUGCAUGUCGGUGGCGGUGCCACUAGCUUUACGGGAAGCCAUCGCUGCUGCCAGGGCUGACGCCGGGAAACCAUUUAAUGAGUGGUUUCAGCUAGAUGGACCAUAUACAAGAGAGGCUAUUCACAUGCACACUGAGACAGAUAGUAGAGAGUUUAAAUUUAAAACAAAAAUUUCCUUUUAA